AUGGUUGACGUUCUUUAUUCAUUUGUGGAUGUUAAUCCACGAUUUAAUCGAUUGGCACUUGAUUCUCUUUAUAUUCGUGAUCUUGAUAUGACUAAUAUCACAAACAUCAAUUCAUUGUACGAUCAAACUUCUUCAGUAGAUGUUCAAGUUCUUUCAAGAAUUUGUAAAAAAGUCUUAUGUCAAAUUCAUGAUCAAGUACAUAAACUUACUGUUGAAGAAUAUUCGAUGAAACAAAUUCUUCGUGCUGCGAAUUAUCCUCAACUUUACUCAUUAUCACUUUUAAAUUUUGAAGAAAAAAUACUUUAUCAAUAUUUAAGAGAUGAUUUAAUUCUUCGUGAUCUUCUUACCAAACAAAUAACACAUCUUAAUAUCGAUAUUAAAACGACAGAAAAAAUAUGUUCAAAAACUUCUUCAAAGAUUUUUGCAUUAAUCUUAUCUUUAUGUAAAAAAUUAAUCGUUUUGAAUUUUUGUGAUAUGUUUCCUACACAAAAGUAUUGGGGUACUUGUUUUUAUCUACUAUGGAAAAGUUAUAGGCCUUCAACUUUAGUCAAAUUGAAAAUCAAUGUCGCAACUUUAACUGAUUGUCUUUAUCUGCUUGAUGGACCUCUCGUUUGUUUAUCAACAUUAAUUAUUAAUGUGAGAGACACUUUUCAUCCAUUCGAAGAUAUAGAUCCAACAAAAAAACUUCUCAAAUUGAAAUGUUUUUCAUUCACCGUAUUAGAUAUCACAUUUGAUUAUGAUACUCUAAUUGUUCGAUUACUUUGUCGAAUGAUAAAUCUUGAAGAAUUGAAAUUAUAUCUAACAGUAGGAAGAUCUAACUCGGCUUAUAUUGAUGGUAUUCAAUUCUAUGAUCAAUUUCUUAUGUAUAUGACACAAUUAAAGAAAUUUGCAUUUAAUGUUAAGACAGUAGUCUACAAUAAGAACGUUAGCGUUGAACUUCAAUCGAAUGAAGAUAUUCAACGCAGUUUCAUCGGAAGAUGUUAUCAACAAGUAACUUCAUAUAUUCAUACUAAAUCAUCCAAAUGCGAUGGUGAAUGCCAUAUCUAUUCACUUCCAUAUAACUUCGAAUAUUAUGUUGACCUCGACAAUUCUUUUCAAGGUGGUAUGUUUGAUAAAGUUCGACAAUUGACGAUGAGUGAUAGAAAUUCUUUUGAACAUAAAUUAUUUAAACUCAUCUCUCAAGACUUUCCUUUUCUCGAAUUUUUAUAUAUAUCUAAUGUUGAUCCACAAAAAGACAAACAAGAUUCAUCAACAUUAAUCACAUUUCCUUAUCUCACAUUUCUUGACCUACAAUAUGCAUAUAUUGACUAUGCUGAACUAUUUCUUUUGGAAAAAAAUAUGCAUCUACCUCGUUUGAUCAAUCUGCGCACGACAUACAAAUCACUUGCAACCAUAACAAACAAUUUUACCAAUGAUGCAACACAUUUUAAUUUUGGUAAAUUGAUAAGUCUUGAUGUAUGCGAACCAUUUGUUCGCCCAAAUAAUUUUCAUCAAUAUUUUCCUUUGUUAUGA